AGGUUCCCAUUAUAUUCGGUUCUUUCCAGCGUCAGAGUGUAUUACUUCGUUGGUGCUUUCGCAACUCACCAUAGCUGUGGGCGUAGAGGUGUUCGUGGUUGUGGAACUGUAGCAUUUUUCCUUCCUCAAGUCGUGCUAACCUUAGACGAAAGCAGAAAAACGCGAAGUUUCCAAUAAAACGAUUCAAACCGUGCUACUACUCUCCGAUUCAGUGCCUCAUAAAACGGAGAUAG